AUGGCCAUGUAUGAGGCGCUCAAACGAACGCCCGUCCACCGAGAUGUCGUAAUUCGUACCGACUCGGAAACUUCCAAGAAAUGUCUCGAGGGUCGGUAUAAGCAGUGGAGGCUGCGUUCUUUCAAGCAGCCUAAAGGCUAUGUCAUAGAGAAUGAAGACGUCGUCAAGAAUAUAAACGAUGUUGUUGGGCGACGGAGAGCAGCUGGGGCUACGACGACAUAUGUGUGGAUUCGGGGCCAUGUCGGUGAUGUGGGCAACGAGGCAGCAGACAAGCUUGCAAAGAGAGGAGCUAGGCGGCAAUGGUACAAAACCACGAGCGCUGCAGAUCGCGCAGAGAUAGCGAAAGAAGAGCGCGCUAAACGUGAAGUGCUGAGGACAGAAAGGGAGCUCAAGAAACGGGUCGAGGACGGCAGGAAACGGCUGGCUGAGAUGCGGACCGUGGCUGGAGCUGAGAUCGCUGAAUUUGGUGUUUGA